GGCGCUGGGUGUGCGACUGCGUCCGUCUCCAUCGCGACGAAGCCGGGCUGGGGCCGUGGGACUGCGCGGAGCGCGGAGGAGAGGGGGCGGCCGCGGGGCUGCGCGCUGAGUCGCGCCAUGGGCAGCGCCCUGCGGAAGAGUAAGGCGGUGCGGCAGGCGCCCGGCAGCGGCUUGGAGCGGCGGCCGGCAGAGGAAGCACAGAAGCCACAAGAAGGGCGAUCUGAAGUAGCGGCAGAAACUCCACAGCCAGCUGGUUUUGGGCAGGAGAAGCAAAUAGGAGACCAUGAGAAAACUUUAAAGGCCAACAAGGAAGACAAGCCUCAGAAACUUCUGGAAAUGAACGGGAAUACAGCAGUGCCGCAUUCCUACGACUAUGAUCUCAUUGUCAUUGGUGGAGGCUCAGGUGGUCUGGCAGCUGCCAAGGAGGCUGCCAAAUAUGAAAAGAAAGUGAUGGUGCUGGACUUUGUCACGCCUACACCUCUGGGAAACUCAUGGGGUCUUGGAGGAACGUGUGUAAAUGUGGGCUGUAUACCUAAAAAAUUGAUGCAUCAGGCAGCUUUACUAGGACAAGCCUUGCAAGAUUCCCGCAAAUUUGGAUGGCAAUUUACAGAAGAAGUCAAACACAACUGGAUGACUAUGACAGAAUCUGUUCAGAAUUACAUUGGUUCACUGAACUGGGGCUAUCGGGUUGCACUGAGAGAGAAGAAAGUCUCGUAUGAGAAUGCAUACGGAGAAUUUGUCGGGCCACACACAGUUAAGGCAACAAAUAAAAGAGGGGUUGAGAAGCUGUACACGGCUGAGAGAUUUCUCAUUGCCACUGGUGAACGACCACGCUACCUGGGUAUACCUGGAGACAAAGAAUACUGCAUUAGCAGUGAUGAUCUUUUCUCUCUGCCUUACUGUCCAGGGAAAACCCUGGUGGUUGGAGCUUCCUAUGUUGCCUUGGAAUGUGCAGGAUUUCUUGUAGGCCUUGGAUUAGAUGUCACUGUAAUGGUGAGAUCCAUUCUCUUAAGAGGAUUUGACCAGGAUAUGGCAAACAAAAUUGGCGAAUAUAUGGAAGAACAUGGAAUCAAAUUUAUUAGGGAGUUUGUGCCAAUCAAGGUUGAGCAGAUUGAGGAAGGAACACCUGGAAGACUGAAAGUUAUAGCCAAGUCCACAAAUGGGAAUGAAAUAAUUGAAGGCGAAUACAAUACUGUGUUGAUAGCAAUUGGAAGAGAUUCAUGCACAAGAAACAUCGGUUUGGACAAAGUUGGAGUGCAGAUCAAUGAAAAAACAGGAAAAAUUCCUGUCAAUGAUGAGGAGCAAACAAAUGUGCCAUAUAUCUAUGCUGUUGGUGAUAUACUGCAGGACAAGCUGGAGCUCACACCAGUGGCAAUCCAGGCAGGAAGAUUGUUAGUUCAACGGCUUUAUGGUGGGGCAACUACUAAGUGUGACUAUGUGAAUGUUCCAACCACUGUAUUCACUCCUCUUGAAUAUGGAGCCUGUGGGUAUUCUGAAGAGGCCGCAGUGGAGAAGUUUGGGGAGGAAAACAUUGAGGUGUAUCAUAGUCAUUUCUGGCCACUGGAAUGGACUGUGCCAUCCAGAGACAACAACAAAUGCUAUGCAAAGAUAAUUUGCAAUAUUCAAGAUAAUGAGAGAGUCAUUGGUUUCCAUGUCCUUGGUCCAAACGCUGGAGAAGUCACCCAAGGGUUUGCAGCUGCUAUUAAAUGUGGGAUGACAAAAGAACAGCUGGACAGCACCAUAGGAAUUCAUCCUGUCUGUGCAGAGAUAUUCACCACUCUGUCUGUGACUAAACGUUCUGGUGAAAAUACCCUUCAGGCUGGCUGCUGAGGUUAAAGACCCCCAUUCUUGCUUUUGCCAGAGACUGACUUUCAUCGCAGUGGCUGACUCCUGCAAUUCAGAAGAAAGGUUUGGGGAGAAGUCAUCUUCAGUCAUCUGCAGAAAUGUGUAGAUCUUAACCAGAGCGUUCCCUCAUCCCGAGGAGAGAAGAGCUCUGCGAGAGUUGGUCACUUGCGGUGACUGACUGGCGUUUAGCAAUGCAAUGGGAAUAUUGACUGUGGAGCUGUUGCUUAGCAAGGCAUUAACGAAUGCUUUCAUGAAGUCAUAGCCUGAAGCCUGCGUUGUCUGGUGGGCAGUGAUGGAAGAACUGCUAGCACAGCUGGACAAGAGCUGGUCUGGUUUGGUUUUUUAUUCCUCUCUAGUUUCUUACCCGAACAAAACACUUCUGAACUGAAGAAUAGUGUCCCAAGUUCAAAUAAUUGUCAAGUGCCCCUGUGUACUGGUUUAUAACACAGUAAUUGUAAGGUCCCCUUAUGAGCGUGUGUUUUACCAGCUCACAUGCCUAUGGAGGGGAAGUUGUAUUUACAAGCUUGAUCACAGGGAAGAAGAUAUUCUUGGGGAGAAAAAGCUUAGUGCUAUCUAGAAUAACAUAUUUUUUGACUUCCAAACUGACUCUAUUGUGACUGUUUAGUUUAGAGAUACUUAAUGUUGAAAACAUUCUCCUUGGUGAGAAAGUAAAGUAUUUUUUAUUAAGGCCUUGCUGCACUGAAAGUUUUGGGUUUUUUCUCCUGACAGUAAAAACCAUGCACAUAACACAGAUGUGAUCUUCUUAGGUUUAUUUUGCAGCUUAUGUGAUUAUAAUUAAUCCAAAUUGGAACUGACAGAAUUCCAAUGUGGAAUGAAUAAUACUUCCAAGAGCUCUGUGCAACUUUAUUAAAUUUGAAUAAAUUCUGCCUGUCCAGAUGAACUAUCCUAUGCUGCACUGUUUGAGGUCUACGCAGGCCACUUUAAGCACAGUAGUAUUGAGACUUUCCUCAGAUUAGUGGGCCAGUAGAAUAAAAAAAACCCCAGCCAUACACUCCCCUGCCCCCCAAGCAAACAAACCCCCCACUUAACCCCUGAAAACCAACAGUGAAAAAUUUUUUUGUGUAGAUACGUCCUAAAAAGCUGUAUCUAGUUCCAUCUGUGCUUUGUUUUUUAGUUAAUUAAGAAAAUGCUACUUUUAAAACAGAGGUUUCCAUGAAAAAUAACAGAUUUUUGAAUAUUCCUCCUGUAUUGGAUAAACUGCAUAUACAGAUUUAUCAAGAAAUGGUAAAAAUGCCUCUUUGUAAUGGAAAUGAAUGUGCUUUUUGAUCUGUUUUUUUUCAUUUCUCUCUGUUGUAGCAGAAGGGUUUGGAUUACUUUUAUUAAAUGGUUCUCAGGAGUUUAGUAGUGCACUGUAAAUAGGGGGUAAAUUCUGCAACCCUCUGGGCAAAAUGCCUUAUACCGAAAUUUCUACGUGGUAAUGAAUGUAUUUCUACUGAGAUUUAUAGAAUAGUGUUUUAAGUUAUUUUUAUAAACUUAUACAUAACUGAAGGAUUUUUCAACAUGUUUUGUAUGGUAUAAAGAAUGGUUUGUGGUGGUAUUUUUCUGGCCAGUUUAUUAAAUAAAUGGAAUAUUUGCACAAA